AACCAUUUGACAAAGACGGCUUAAACCAGACAAAAAAGAUAACCAAAGAAACGACGUCGUAACAUUAACUUGAGUUCAGUUUUCCGUAAUGAAUCGAGCCCAAAAAAAGAGUGAAUAAAUGAUAACAACGAAAACGAAAAAACAAGAAAAAUAAAAACAGAGGCAAAAGACAUGUUUUUGUUUCACGUGUGUCAUCAACACCCUCUUCAUUCUCUAAUUCUCUUGGAUCUCUCUCUGAAUCUCAAUUUCUCGUCCUUCUUUUCUAUCCAUUCAAAUUGAUCCAACCCUCUCUACUAUCUGCAAAUUUUUCUUUUGGUAUUUUUGUUUUGCUCAGAGGUUAUGAAAGAAAAUAGAUAAGUGAUGGCGGCAGCAGAAGCGAGGACUUUGUGGCAGAGAACUGCUAAUCGAUGCUUUGUGCAGGAAGAUGCAAAAAGAGCUCCCAAGUUGGCUUGUCGCCAAUCUUCAUGUGCAGCAUCACAACUGGUUGAUCCUGGACCUGUCAAUACAGCAGAUGCAUCAGAUGGUGCUGCCAUUAAUGCCACCCAUUUUAACAUCAAGUCAUCAUUUUCUCAUCCAUCAUCUGACCCUCGGUGGUGGUUGCAUUUGCAACCUAAUCAUGGAUAUAAAAAAGGUUUAACAAAUGAGAAGUUAAGUGCAUUGGAGGAGGAGGUGGAAACUCUGAUAGCUAGUGAUGAAAGUAAAUUUUCUUGUAAGAAUUCUCUAGCAUUUCCUGAAUUAAUGGAUGUGAUGUCAAAGCAUGAGAUAAUGGAGAUUGAUUCUAUUGCCUGUUCGGUGUCCUCCAAGCAAACAAAUGAUUUUUCCAUGGAACCAGAUUAUUCUUGGAUUGAAAGUGAUAAAGCCGAGCCGUGGUGGCGGACAACAGACAUAGAUGAGUUAGCUUCUUUUGUUUCUCACAAAUCACUCAACCAUAUUGAGAAUUGUGAUCUCCCGCCUCCUAAGAAGAAACAUCUUACUGGAUACCCUUGUUCUAGGGUUAUUACUAAUGAUGACAAAAUAAAGACAGCAUCUUAUAACUUGGAAGGCAAAUCCGGAAGGUUUUCCAAUUCGAAGCAGGGUCCUUCUGCCAAUGAAGGACUCUUGUAUUUUGCUUCUGCCAAAUUUUCAAGUCAUACCCCUAUACACGAGGAUGUCAAGCAGAGUGAACAAAGUUCUGAGGGAAACACCAGCAAAACUCAACUAAUGGAGGCAUUAUGUCACUCUCAAACACGCGCAAGGGAAGCAGAAGAAGCAGCAAAACAAGCUUAUGCAGAGAAAGAGCACAUUAUUGCACUCAUUUUUAAACAGGCUUCACAACUUUUUGCGUAUAAGCAGUUGAUUAAACUGCUGCAGUUGGAAACUCUCUUCAAUCAGAUUACCAAUAAUGAUCAGUCAACCUCUACUCUCUUUCCGGUGUCUCUUCCGUGGAUGUCGUAUGAACAUAGGAAAUCACGGAAGAGAAAGCAGACAUAUUCCAACAGCAGACGUGAUAGAGAAGGCAAGUCAAACUGCGAUAUUACAACAUAUGCUGUUGCGAUUGCGUUAGGAUUAAGUCUUGUUGGGGCAGGCUUGCUAUUAGGUUGGACUGUGGGUUGGAUGUCGCCUCGUUCGUAGUUCUGUAACAUAUUUGAAUCAUUGUCUUGUUUGUCAUAUUUUAUCAGAUCUGUCUGUAUUUUUGUAGAUUAGUUGGUACAUAAGCUUUGUAAUUUUGUAUGUAUGUUAAUCUUUUUCUGAUGAUUACAAACAGAUAUUUCUCUUAAAAAGCCUAGCUAGGACAGUAUCCAAUGGGUGAAUUAGUGUUAUAUUUUCGACAUCCA